AUGGUCUCUUUGCUACGGGCUCGGCAUUAUGGAGGAAUUCAAGAGUUAUGGAGGUGUAAACAAGUUGACAGAGGCCGUUCAACUUACCUAGCGCACUGCUCCCUCAUAUUGGGUUCUAUUUUACAGAUAUCAAAUCACAACAAAAUCCUCACGUCUUUCAUAGCAGGGGGCUUUGCUGGGGCAAUAGCUAAAACAACGAUAGCACCCUUGGAUAGAACCAAGAUCAACUUUCAGACCUCCAAUACAAUGAGAUUCUCAUUUAAGAAAGCCAUACAGUUCCUCAUCAAGACUUACAAAAGUGAAGGAUUUCUUGCCCUGUGGAGGGGCAACUCUGCCACAAUGGUUAGAAUAGUCCCAUAUGCUGCCAUACAAUAUACUGCUCACGAACAAUAUAAACUGCUGCUGAACAAAGGGAAAAAACGAAAAAAUUUGCCACCAUUGUUGAGAGCAGCUGCAGGUUCUCUUGCUGGAGUAACUGCCACAACUUGUACAUAUCCUCUAGACUUUGCCAGGGCCAGGAUGGCAGUCACUCAUAAAAAUAGAUAUAGCAGUUUGAUAGUAUGUUUCCGGAAUGUAUUGAGGGAGGAGGGUUGGAGGGUGAUGAUGCGAGGCUACACUCCAACGAUGUUCGGAUCUUGUAUAUAUUCAGGCAUCAGUUUCUUUACAUACGAAACUUUAAAAAUUGUCCAUGCAGAAUAUUCAAAGGGUGUUGACCCGACGCCCCUAGAACGUUGGUAUUGUGGAGCUGUUGCGGGUAUAUGUGGCCAGUGUACAUCAUAUCCAUUAGAUAUUGUUAGACGACGCAUGCAAACUGCUGGUGUUACUGGCCACUCUACAGAUUACACUACUAUAUAUAAAACUGCUAAGACAGUUUAUGUACAUGAAGGGCUCAAAGGUGGUCUCUAUAAAGGCCUAUCUAUGAAUUGGAUAAAGGGACCUAUAUCUGCUGGUAUUAGUUUUAUGACAUUUGAAACAGUACGAAUGUGGUUACGGAAAUUCGAAGUCUUUCACAUAGACAGCGAUGACAGCUAGGUGUUAAGUUUAUAAUAUUAAGAAAAUAUAAAUUUAUAAUGUGAUCCUAUGUUAAAGAUGUUAUUUAUGUGCACAUGUGAUUUAAAAAAUGUUUAUAAGAAUGUUUUCUGUAGAAAGAAAAAUGAUUGUUUUGUUUUAUGUUAUGUAAUUAUUGAUAUUUGUUUUUUUAUAAAAGUUUAUGUAUGAGUAGUGUUUGUUUACAGUCAAACCUUGACAAAUAUUUUGUCCGUUACAACAUCUUAGAAAAUUUUCUCAUAGCAAAGUAGAAUGUGCAUUUUGAUGUGAAUGGCAUUUUGUUACAUCAUUGUAUCUUAACUUCUUAUUUAAGGUUGGUUGUUGUUGUUAAAACUGCCAAGUGUAUUGGUAUUGGUAAAAGUACACAGGGUCAACUUUCAUACUUUACACAUGCUUUUCACAUAGCAAUUAUUAUCUCCCCUGGCUGCCAUUUUUGGGGUAUUUCUUAUAUAUCAUCAUAUGGUAAAGAUGAUAUAAAUAUCUCUCUUAUAUCUAUCUUCUUCAUGAAAAGUUAUAAAAAAUAUUUUACAUACUGGUUCUAUGAUAACAUGUAGCUUCAUAUGUAUGAAAGAUUUGGACAAUUCACGUAAAUAGACAGAAUAUAAAAA